AUGACAACCCCCCAAUCGCAAAUCUCCACACAUCUCCAAACCAACAAAUCGCUCCACGUCUCCCCAACCUGGCUCCACAGCUUCAUCACCUCCUCCACGACGCUCCAACGCAACACCCCCCUCUCAGCACUAACCCAAACGGCGCUCUUCCGGAUCCUGGCCUCCGACUUCCGCGACUCCCUCACAACAUCGACCCCCUCAUCCCUCCUCCCAGCCGACAUCUUCGACCCGACGGUGCAAGAACGCCGCCUCCCGGGCCCGGUAGCCGUCCAGGUCCUCGACAUCGAAGACAUCGGGACGAGUCUCUGGAGCCAGGUGGAGGCGAUCGAGCGGGUGGCGCGCGGGGAGGCGAUCCGAGGACGGGAGAUCGUGCGGACGGUGAACGUGGGCGAGGAGGGUGAGGAUGGGGGUGUGGCGAGGGGGCCCGAUACUGCGGCUGGAGGUACGAGUCCUGGGCCGCAUCGGUUGAUUUUGCAGGAUGCGGCGGGGACGAGGGCCGUGGGGGUGGAGGUGAGGAGGGUGAGUGGGGUGGCGUUGAACAGGAUGGCUAUUGGGGCGAAGAUGGUGUUGCGGAAUGUGACGGUCGCGAGGGGGAUGGUGCUGCUCACGCCGGAGUGUGUGACGCUGCUUGGGGGGAAGAUUGAGGCGUUGGAUCAGGCGUGGAGGGAGGCGAGGAAGGCCAAGUUGUUGGCUAGGAUUACGGCGGGGCCGAAUGGGCAGAAUGGGCAGUAG